UAGAGAUGUGAAUUUGGAAGAGGAAAUUGAAGGGAAAUUAAUCUGAAACAGGUGAACAGAAGUCAACUGAAGGCAUCCGUGGUGAUUUCAACGCCGUGCCGCCAAACCACCUGCCGAAAACCUGAAAAUCCGGCAGGAACCAAGCCCGACGAAAUCCCCAGCGGCAGAUCGGCGGGACGCCGCACAAAUCCGCCGUCCCGUUUCCGGUUAAUUUAUCGCCGACGACGAAAAUCCGGCGGUGGAAAUGUGUGUGUGUGUGCGUUACGGCGCGGCGUAAAAAUAAAGGUGAUCCAAACGUCGGGGCUCAGGUUCGAAAUGAAGUUUGCUGACCGGCCGACACAAUCUUCGCCUGCGCAAUCGUCGGCAUUGACUGCGAGCACAUGUGGGAACUUUUGAAAAGUUUACACGCCACAGUGUUGUGCGAACGGUACACCGAUCGGCCAGCUUCUUGCCUGGUCCAUCUGAUCUUUUGCUGAGUGUUUGGAUGCGAUGACAACGGACUGGUGAACGUCGUCGAUCAGUUUUUCCGUUUUUUCUUUUUCAUUUCUUAACUGAAAUGGGCGCGUACCGGGACGAUGCCCACAGACUAUCACGGUGCUACUGGCUACUCAUUUUCGUGGCCACCUUUGUUUUCAUUCCCCACUAUUACGGCUGUUAUGUUUCUGCUGAGUCGAAGGUCGAUUCGGAUUUAGUUUUUGAAAGUGUAGACCAAACGAAUUACAAGUCGGACGAUAACCACCACAGGAUAGCAAGGAGUUUGGAGGAGGAUGACGGUGAAUACUGGCUGACCCACACGGUUGGGAGGUUGAAGCGCAGCCUGACUAAUUUGUUCACCAAACGUGACGCCGACGUCGCCUCCAAACCGGACAAACAUUUGGGCAAGGCGAAUAGGAAGCAUCGACAAAUCGGCCAAAUCCAAGAGGAGGAGGAAAAUGACCAACAACUGGCUGAAGAUGAAUAUGAUGACGAAGACGACGGCGAAUGGUACGAUCCUUCAUCAGGAAGUUCAGGGUCCGAACCAAUCGACGAACCUGAACCGGUCGACACGCAUCCAGAAUACUACAGGAUCACGUUGGGAGUAACCGAACCAUACCAAGUUGAAUACGACGACAGAAACUCGCUUGUGUUCAAGAAAAUGGCAGAACAUCUGACCGAAGCCCUGUCGCAGGUCUACAGCAACACCCCCGGGGAGCAGACCGUCACCAUCAUCAAAAUCGGGAAACGUGAGGAAGAUUCGUUCACCAUCUUGGUCGAAGCCGAUUUGGAAACCAAAGGGUUUUAUAACGAGGCCAAACUGAGACAGGACCUCAAGGACCACGUGGACGACCACCAACGUCUUGGAAGCUACGCACUCAUUCCGCAAGAGUUCAAAUUUAAGAAAUUCAUAGCGUCUGAAAACUAUUGCAAUUCUGACGAGUUCAAAUGCAAUGACGGAGGUUGCAUCUCUAACGAGUUCAUUUGCAAUGGUCAAAAGGAUUGUGAUGACGGUAGUGAUGAAUUGUCGUGCCCAGGUACCACCACCGAAGCUCCGGAGAUUGAAACGACACCCCAGCAGGAUCACACUGAAUCAUUAUUUAACUUCCCCGUAUUCCCCGAGCUAACGGUGCCGCCUCCCAUAGACUCGGGCAGCGGAGACGGCGACUGUCGUGCCGACGACUCGGUCCGUUGUCCGGACGGUUCGAAGAUCAUUUGCGCUGACCAAAUGUGCGACGGCAGGCGCGAUUGUCUUGACGGUUCCGACGAACACGGUUGUCCGACCAAACCGCCCCAGGAUCUUGCUUGCCGCAUUGGGGAGUUCAGCUGCGAUUUAGCAAGAUGCAUUCCAAUCAGCCAAAGAUGCGACGGCCGUUACGACUGCUCGGACAAAACCGAUGAAAUGGAUUGCUGUCAGCAACCUAAUUUCCAAUGUGAUGGAACCAAGUGCUUGAAACCGGACCAAAUCUGUGAUGGAGUAUUAGAUUGUGCUGAUGAAACUGAUGAAAGGGACUGUCGUCGUCCAGAACGUAAGUAA